AUGGGCUGCUCCUCGUCGAAGCUGGACGAGGUGGCGGCCGUGAAGACCUGCCACGACCGGAAGAGCUUCGUGAAGAAGGCGAUCGCGCAGCGGGACCUGCUGGCCUCCUCCCACGCCGCCUACGUCCAGUCGCUCCGCCGCGUCUCCAUGGCCCUCUUGUACUACUUCGCCGAGGACGAGCACCUCUACCGGCUUCAGGAGUCCUCGUACGUGCACCACCCGGGCUCGCCCGAGAAGGUUCUCGUCAUCAACUGCCUGAGGACGGCGGGUGCUCCGGUGCAUCCGGUGGUGGAGCAGUGGGAACCGCCUGAAGCCAUUGAGGCCGCUACGAUCGAUAGAUUCUUCGGGACGGAUGACCCGUUCUUCCGUCCUUCAUCCAUUGGUCCGAUGAAUGGCACACCGGUAUCGCCGCAGCCGCCGAGAUGCGACCGCUUUUGGGACCCUUUCUCUUCACUAGCCGAUCAUCCAAAUUACGGCGUCGAGGAGGUGAAAGACGAUCAAGAAGAUGAACAGAUACCGGAGCAGGAGGAAGAGAGUUGUUAG